AUGAAGGCGGAGGCACUGCGGACACUGCGGGAGCUGUUCGGCCUCGAGCGGGGAGAGGUCGCCGAGGAGGGAGUCGGUGGAGGAGGUGGAGGAGGUGGCCGGGACCCCACGACCACUUCCGGCGUGGCUCCAGCGGCGGCCCGGCCGCCCCAGUUCAUGGUGGACCUCUACGAGGCCGUGUCCGGGGAGGGCGGCGUGACCCGCGAGCCCGGCCUGCUGGCCGGGAAUGUCGUGCGCAGCUUCCUCACCAGGGCGGAGUCGGAGCGCUCGCUGUUCGUGUUCGACGUGGGGCGGGUGGCACGUGCCGAGCGCGUGCUCUCUGCCGAGCUGCACGUGUUCCGCACGCGUCACGCUCAGCCGCGUGGUGGGGCGGCGGCCUCGGCGGCCGCGGCUGCGGCGGCGGCGGCGGCGGCGGCGCCUGGCGGCGGCGGGGAGCAACCGGGCGGCUCCUACUCCCACUCGUCGCGGAGACACCAGCAGCACUACUGCCAGGUGAACGUGUUUGCGCUGCACGGUGCACCACCCGUCCAGGGGCACACCGCGAGCGGCCGCCUCGUGGCCUCGCGCCUCGUGUCUGUGUACGGGGCCACGUGGGAGGUGUUCACGGUGACUCGCGCGGUCCAGUCCUGGGUGUCGGACCGCAGCUCCAAUCACGGCCUGCUGGUCACCGUGGACAACCUGUCCCACGGCCACGCCGAGCGGGGGGACGGGCCGGCGGGCCGGCCCGCGUCGGCCGACCGAGGGGACACCCUCAAGUUCGUGAGCGGCAGGGACCGCCAGGUCGGCAGGGAGCCGAUGCUCGUCGUGUUCUCGGACGACGGCCGCAGGUCGGCGUUCGGCCGCAACCCUGGCCACGACUACGAGCUGCCGAGCGACUCCGCCGACGCCGCCGCCGCCGCCGCCGCCGCCCUCCGCCGCCUCUCGCGAUCCCGCCGCAACCUCCCCAAGCCGUCCACCUCCUCAACCUCGUCCUCCUCGUCGCCGGCCGACUCCCCCGCCAGACCGCAGGCGCCGAAGCCGCCGUCGGCUUCGGCGUCGGCGUCGGAGGGCUCGGGGCCUUGCCGCCGCCACCCGAUGUACGUCGACUUCCAGGAGGUGGGCUGGUCCGGCUGGGUCAUCUCCCCGCGCGGCUACAACGCCUACUCCUGCGCCGGCGCCUGCCCCUUCCCGCUGGGCCACGCGUUGCGGCCCACCAACCACGCGACGGUGCAGAGCGUCGUGCGGGCCCUGCGGCCGCCCUCCUCCUCCUCCUCCUCCUCGGCGGCGGCGGCGGGGGGCCGAGGGUCGGCGGUGCGGGCGCCGUGCUGCGUCCCCGACGAGCUCUACUCCAUCAACCUCCUCUACUACGACGAGGCGGGCAACGUUGUGCUCAAGCAGUACGACGACAUGGUGGCCGUCAGCUGCGGCUGCCACUGA